ACACGUUGUAUGACGCAUACUUUUUGUCAAAUGUUACAGAAUAAUGAUAAUCACCCUCAAGCAUUACAUUGAUGUGUUACAUUAAUUACAACGUGUAUUUUUUUAAUCGUGGAUAACUUCAACAUAAACACCAGAUAAAUGCGGAAAGUGUAAAAUAAUAGACAUGAGUGAUGUUUGUAAUGAUAAUUCUAUCAAAGUUGGACGAAGAGUUUUAGUCGAUACAUCCUAUGGAGUAACUAGAUAUAUUGGAAAAUUACCUGGGAAUGAGAAAAUUUGGGUUGGAAUAGAGUGGGAUGAUCCUUUAAGAGGUAAACAUGAUGGUAUUCAUAACAGUAUAAGAUAUUUUAAGACUAUUCAUCCAAAUGGAGCCUCCUUUGUGAAAGUAGAAAAAGUCAUUCCUUGUCAAGUUACCUUUUUACAGGCAUUCAAAUUUAAAUAUGGUCAAAAUUGUGAUCCUGUUAUUAAUGAUGAUAUAUGUGCUAUUAGAAAACAAUCAAAAAUGUCCUUAUUUGAAGUGGUUGGAAUGCAAAAAAUUCAAGAAAAACAAGCGCAUUUUGACAAAUUAACUUAUGUCAAUUUAAACAAUGAAUCUAUCACUGAUGCGGGUUCAUAUGGAGAAAUACAAGAUUGUUGUCCCAACAUCUCUGAUCUAGAAUUAUGUAAUAAUUGCUUUUCAAAUUGGAUAACUAUUGCACAAAUAGCCAAACAACUAGUAAAUUUAACAAAUUUAAAUUUAAGUUUCAAUAAUAUAAAAAUACCUUCUAAUUUUGAAAACUUAAAAGAUUGCUUUGGAAAUUUGAAAAAAAUUAUUCUUGGCAAUCUAAACUAUUCUUGGAAUGAUGUUAUGAGUUUAUGUCAAGUAUUUCCACUUCUAGUAGAAUUAGAAGUUCCGCAAAAUAAUAUUGAUAAAUUAAAAAUUACUUCACAUAUAAUAAAUAAUUUAGUAACUCUAAAUUUGGAAAAUAAUCAAUUAUCUUGGCCAGAAAUAAAUAAACUACACUCUCUAAAAAAUUUAGAGUGUUUAAAUCUCAACCGAAAUAAAAUAGAUGUAAUUCAAAUACAACCGUCAACAUUCUCUUCACUAAAGUUCUUAAUGAUAAGUCAUAAUAUGAUCUCAAGUAUGGAUUCAAUUAAUGAACUGAACAAAUUGAAAUCAUUAAUUUCACUUCGUAUUCAAAACAAUCCAUUGCUUAAAGACUUAACUGUUACAAAUUAUACUUUGCAAAUAGUAUCAAGAAUUUCAACAUUAAUGAUAUUAAAUGGAACAAGUAUAACUAUGCAAGAACGUAAACACUUUGAAAGAGAUUUUUUAAAAGAUAUUGAAGUUAUAUGGCAUAAAACUCUGACUAAUGAUGAAGAAAAAAAAGAAUUUUUACUUAAGUAUCCACGUUACACAGAACUUAUUGAAAAGUAUGGUACUUAUUAUAUAGAUAAUACUGAGUCGACGAAUAAAAUAAAAACUAUAAAAGUAAAAUUAGUUAAUUAUUGUAAAACAUCAAACAAAGAGAUUAACAUAAAAACUAAAACAUUACCUGUCACUAUGACAAUGUAUCGAUUGAAAGAAUUAAGCAAGCGAAUAUUUAAUCUUGGAAAUAAAAACUUGGAGUUGACUUAUUCGGUAGAAAAGAAUCCAGGAACUGAAUACUCCAUGGAAAAUAUGAGCCAAUCUCUAGAUUAUUAUUCUGUUGAAAAUAAUAGUAUUAUAUUUGUUAAAACACUUAAUGCUGAAAAUUGAAAUGAAUAUUAAAACCAAUUUUUAUGUCAUGCAUUGAAUGUUUUAAUAAAUAAUUUUUACUAAAAUGCAUUUAAUUAUA